AUGAAUAAGUUAUUAAGUUUAAUAGGAUUUGCUCUUUUCUAUGCUUUAUUUCUUUUCUCUGUAGGCUCAAAUGCUGAAGCAAAUGGGUGCUCUGUUUACGUCGAACCUUAUCAGUACUACGGUUUUUCGUGUCUGGACAUGUCAAUAAAUUGCAACAUACCAUUUAAAACUUUUAUGAGAAUUAAUAAUUUAGAUAUGAAAAAGGAUUGCGGUUACGAAAAAGUUGUAUUGGGUAAAAGAUAUUGUUGUAAUUAA